AUGGUUCUGGACUUAGCCUUGAAUUUUUUAUAUGUAUAAUGGGUGGCUGCACUGGUGGAUGGCAAAGAAUUUCCUUUUUCUAGUUCUGAAGGUCUAGGGUAUUUUACCACUGGAAGAUCAGCAAACAAUGGCAUGACAACUCAAGGGGAUAAAACAGGGAUGUUUCAAAAGACAGGUGUUUGGACGGUGUCAAGACAUGGAGGGAAGAAGGUAAUACAAUUCUACCACACAGCAGGCCACGGGGCAGCAGUCUGCCACUACACUCCCACUCACAUAACUGUGGCUUCUUUUGGAAGGAUCCCUUGGCCUCAGGCUGGGGUAGGCACCUGCCCUGGCCAACAGUGCUGAGUUCCUUCCUCUCCUCUACCAGAUAGGGAGCUCCAUGACGCAAAGCCCUUGUCACGCUCACAGCUGUAUCCCCAGAGCCUAGCACUGUGCUUGGCAUACAGCAGUUGCCCGACAAAUUCUUGCCAAAUGACUAAAUGCACUGUCCCAGCAUCAGAAUGCCACCAGGCCCUGAGAGAGCCAGGGAGCUCAGAGGAAAGCUUUUGGAUUCCUGCUACCCUUUACAUUAGCAGCAUCUUCUCCAAGUCCUGA